AUGAGGAUGAGAUACGUCGAUUUUCUUGCCAUGGUCGGGCUGGCCACGGCUCGGAGGGAAUACCGCCCAGCAUCCCUCAAGAUGUCGUGUUCCCAGCUGGUCAGAGACCGCAUCGAUCCUCUCGUCAACCCCGGCGUCCUCGGCACCCCCCACAUCCACCAAAUCGUCGGAGGCAACUCCUUCAACACCACCAUGGACCCCCUCACCCACGACCCAGCCACCCUCUCCACCUGCACCACCUGCACCUUCACAGACGACUUCUCCAACUACUGGACCGCCAUCAUGUACUUCCGCGCCCGCAACAACACCUACCACCGCGUCCCCCAACUCGGCUCCCUCUUCCACGAGUCCGCCCGCGAAGGCGGCAUGACAAUCUACUACUUUCCCCAAUUCAUCAACCCCAAACCCGGCACGAUCAAAGCCUUUGCCCCGGGCUUCCGCAUGCGAGUAGGCCACCCCGAUCGCGUCCACCCCGUCAACGAAUCCGGACAUCCACGACCAGAACACAAACCCACGGCUCUCUACGACGGCAUAACCUACACCUGCCUUGAAACCGAAGGAACCCGCUUCACCAACCUCACCUCUUCCUUCCCACCCCACCCCUGCCCCUCCGGAAUCCUAACCACCCUCCCCUUCCCCCCCUGCUGGGACGGCAAAAACCUCGACAGCCCCGACCACCAAUCCCAUGUCUCCUUUGCAGAGGGCGGCACGGUAGGGUACACCCAAGGGGGAAAAUGUCCGGCUUCCCAUCCGGUGAUGAUACCGCAAAUCAUGCUCGAGACACGAUGGGACACCACCCUUUUCAACGAUCCCGAUCUCUGGCCGGAAGAACAAGGGAAACAGCCGUUUUUGUGGAGCUUUGGGGAUGGGGUUGGGUAUGGACAUCAUGGGGAUUACGUCUUCGGGUGGAGGGGGGAUAGUCUGCAGAGGACGUUUGACAGGGUGGAUUGCUCCGGGGAUCAGAUUUGCGGGUUGCCGGUGCAGACGAUCGAAAGGGCGAAUGGGUGUUUUGGGGAGAGGAGGGUGGUGGAGGGGGUGGAUGGGUGGUUGGGGGAGAUGCCUGGGGGGGUGGUUGUGAGGGAUUGA